AUGUACGGACAAAGGGAACUACCGCACUAUACAGCUCCCCGGAUCGAUACGAGUCCAGCUCACGGUCCGACACCUCCAAGGGCGAAUCCGGCAACAGAUGACACCGAUGAAAGGACGGACCCUCCUCUCACCGGGCAGUCUCCACAUAAACAACCGGAAGUCUCCGAACCGGGCGUCACAAAAGAAUGGGUCCAGAGUCUCUUUCAAGAAUUUGAAGACUCGACAGUUAACCCACUAGAAGAAAAGAUAUACGACCUCCGAGAUAAAAGAAAACUUCGACGGUUUCAAAGAGAGACCGAUCAACGAUUGACGGAGGUUACUGAGGACCUGGUCGGCACAACACUUGGACGGGUCUCCGAACUUGAGAAGAAGAAUGAGGGUCUCGAGGCCGAGCUCAAGGCGCUCACCGCACAAGUUGCCGAACUACUCAAUGCUAAAAUAAAUGCGGAUGACGCGGUUGUAGAGGCAAAUGCCCGAGCGGCUCAAGAAGUCCAGGAUGCGUUGGACAAUGAAGCAAGAAAUGCGAAGGAUCCACCACGACUUCCCGAAGAGGAAGAAGCCGACCGAAUUCGAAGGACAGAGGCUCAGUUCCCGGGAUUUGCAAAGACGGUAGCCGCUCAAGCGGCGAAGGAUGCUGAGCGGUUAGAAAGAGAAAGACAAAGGUUAGAAAGCUUUGCAGCCGAUAACAAAAAGAAAAAGGCGGACUCUUCCAUUUCAGUUCCGACAAAGCGAAAACGGGAAUCCUCAAAGAAGGCUCAAGUGGCCGAUCUGCUAAAAGAGGUCACUGACACGGCUAUUAAGAGUAUACCGGAUCAGGAUACUCAAGUCGAAGAAGAGGAUGAAGUGCAUCUACAGCGGCGGCCCACAAGACAACGAGUCUCCGAAUCGGCCAGUCGACCGCAACCAGUGAAGAAAAAGCGGAACAAGAAUCUGAAGGCCAGCUAUGACUUCUCGGACUCGGAAUAG